AUGGCCCAAUCCCAAUAUAUCGCCGUCGACACUCCCAAAGGGACCAGGCCACUGAAUGGCGUUGAGAAAACCGAAACUUCCACAACCGAGGAUGGUGGUAAUGAGCCCACUGGUACUUCUAGCAGCCAAGGAAUUCAGAUUAUUCGGAUCAAGCUGGUCUCUGUUUCCCCAGUGACGGUAGAGAAAGAGGGAAACGCCAGGGAAGACCUUGCUCAGUCGACUGUGGGGAAAGACCUUCGGGAGUUGCUGAAAGGUUUCGGAAAGCCUGUUGAAGCUGGGAAGCUGAGCAACACAGCUGAGUUGCUAGACAAUCUCGCUUCACUACAAGAAAGCUAUGCCACAAAACCGAACCCUAAGGCCUCCUACGUCGACGCAGCUGAUCUGACUGAGACACAGUGGGAAAUGAUUUUGUUCAACAAUCGUUUGCUGCAUGGAUAUUACUUCGAUGACACGAACGGUAUCUUGAUGAAGGCCCCCAAGAGAGCUUUUGUCAUAAAGCGUUCUGCCAAGACACCCGACCCAACACGGGGGCUGAUUAGCAGCAAUAUCCCAACAAAGACCGAUCCAAAUGAAAGAACAGUAGUGCCAUCGAAAACAACAGAUGCACCUGGAGUCCGAGAAUAUCUAAACACGUUGCCUGGAAUUCCCUUGUUUCACGUGCAUGAUGACUCGAACAUUACCGUUGUUGAAACUGCGACAGCCUUCCAGAAGAAAAUCGCCGAUCAGGGAUUCAAUUCAACCGCUGUCGAGGCAAAUAUGUCUGCUCAGGUCUUUGGCUCUUUGAUAUCUGCAUCUGGGUCGUGGCAGGAUGAAAAGUCCCACGAUAUCCAGGACUUGUCUUCGGAAAAACAAACCUCUCUUCGGGUCGCCUACAAGUUUCCCCGUGUGGUUGUAGACCUAAGCCCCGAGUACCUCCAAUUGUCGGAUGAAUGUUGGAACGACAUUCUGCAGAUAACCGAUCUCGACGGCGUCGACAGAUUCGCGCGGCAAUACGGAAAUGCUUUCUCAACCCAAAUCAUGCUCGGUGGCUUAUUGCACAGCUCCCGGCAUGUUGCAGCCAAGACUACCGAUCACCUGGAAAAGAUCAAGAUAGAGACAAAAACUGCAGCGGGCGUUAGCUUUGCAUCCCCCAAGGUGAACCUUGGUGUCAAUUAUGCUAACUCCAAAGGCAAUGAAGAUGAAAACUCAUCCGGUGCAGGCUACAAGAAUGCAAACCUAGCCUGGGAGGCGCGCGGGGGUGACACCACCUUGUGUUCCAACCCGCCGGAAUGGGCAAAUACCGUCAAGGACUAUCGAAACUGGAGAAUUACCGAGCAAUCCCACCUGCUUAGCCUGAAGGACAUGAUAAGCCGAAUUGAUUACCUGCUUUAUCAAAGGCUCGAGUAUCCUUCAAAUCCGCUACCCACCGCCACAGCAGAAGAUCAAAAUAAGGCAUUGAUCAUAGCUUUCUCGAAACUUGUGGCGGCCAAUGACCCAAAGUUGAAAACCCUUGCUGUAUUAUUUGCAAGCGACAACAAGCGCGCCGAUUUCGAUGCAUGGUUAAGAAAGAAAGGUCGCAACAAGCAGGUUUUGGGUGAACAGCCCACAUGGGAUAAGCUAAGCCCCGACCAAAAGAUAUUCUAUGGGUUAAAAAAUAUUGGUGAUGAUAUUCUCUGUUACAUGGCGAAGACCGUCAAUUAG